CGGUUUUAAGAGCGGUGAAGAUGAAUCAAUUAUAGCGUCGGCUUUGUCCGUCGCUGUCGUCCUGAUCAUCCGUGACGAUAGCAAGUGCCGUCUAAGCUCUUCCUUUUUUUUUUCCUUUUUUCCCCGGCAAUGGAUUCUUCGAAAUGAAAUCCACUUAACUCUCCAAUUUUUUACCCUAAAUUAUCGAUCUUUGUUCAUCUCAACGAUCACAUAAUCUAUAUAUUCAAUGAUUUACUCUCGUUUCAUCUCUAUCCUUGGAUCUUGCAAAACAACGGACCAAUUCAAGCAGUUACAUUCCCAAACCAUUACGAGAGGUCUAGCACCAAACCCAACUGUGCAAAAGAAGCUCUUACUCUUCUGGUGUAGUCGUCUAGGUGGCCACAUGAGUUAUGCCUGUAAGCUGUUUGUGAAAAUACCUGAACCAGACGUGGUUGUGUGGAACAAUAUGAUCAAGGGUUGGUCAAGGGUGGAUGGGAAAGGAGUUAGAUUGUAUUUGAAUAUGUUGAAGGAAGGUGUGACUCCAGAUAGCCACACGUUUCCUUUCUUGUUGAACAGUCUUAAGCGAGAUGGAGCGUUGGCUUGUGGUAAGAAGCUGCAUUGCCAUGUUGCGAAAUUUGGAUUAGGUUCUAAUAACCUUUAUGUGCAGAAUGGUCUUGUUCAAAUGUACUGUUUUUUUGGACUAAUGGAUAUGGCUCGUGGGGUUUUCGACAGGAGAUGUAAAGAGGAUGUGUUUUCUUGGAACUUGAUGAUCUCUGGGUAUAAUAGGAUGAGGCAAUACGAAGAAAGCGUUGAGCUUUUUGAUGAGAUGGAGAGAAACUUGGUUUUUCCAACUUAUGUUACCUUACUUCUUGUUCUCUCGGCUUGUUCUAAGGUAAAGGAUAAAGAUUUAUGUAGAAGGGUUCAUGGGUAUGUUAGUGAAUGUAUGAAGGAACCUAGUUUGAAAUUGGAGAAUGCUCUGGUCAAUGCAUAUGCAGCUUGCGGGGAAAUGGAUAUAGCGGUAAGGAUUUUCAGGAGUAUGAAGACUAGGGAUGUGAUUUCUUGGACAUCUGUUGUGAAAGGGUUUGUUGAGUCAGGGAAUCUAAAGUUGGCUAGAACAUAUUUUGAUCAGAUGCCAGUGAGAGACAGAGUUUCGUGGACUAUUAUGAUUGAUGGUUACCUACGAGCUGAUUGCUUCAAUGAAUCUCUGGAAAUGUUCCGCGAGAUGCAAUGUGCAGGUAUGAUACCCGAUGAAUUUACCAUGGUUAGUGUUCUCACAGCUUGUGCUCAUCUAGGUUCCUUGGAGAUUGGUGAAUGGGUGAAGACGUACAUAGACAAAAACAAGAUCAAGAACGAUGUUGUUGUAGGGAAUGCUUUGAUCGAUAUGUAUUUCAAAUGUGGGUGUUCUGAGAAAGCUCAGAAUGUUUUCCGUGACAUGGAUCAGAGAGACAAAUUCACAUGGACAGCCAUGGUUGUUGGUCUUGCCAACAAUGGAAAAGGUCAAGAGGCCAUUGAAGUUUUCUUACAAAUGCAAGAAAUGUCAAUACAACCAGAUGCUAUUACUUGUCUUGGCGUCCUCUCUGCUUGUAACCAUAGUGGUAUGGUAGACCAAGCAAGGAAAAUUUUCGCCAAGAUGAGAAGCGACCAUAGAAUUGAGCCGAGUUUAGCACAUUAUGGAUGUAUGGUUGACCUACUUGGUCGAGCUGGGUUAGUCAAGGAAGCAUAUGAGAUAAUAAUGAACAUGCCAAUGAAUCCAAACUCGAUUGUGUGGGGAGCUCUACUUGGUGCUUGUAGACUUCAUAAUGAUGAACCACUGGCUGAACUGGCAGCUAAAAGAAUAUUUGAGUUGGAACCUGAUAAUGGGGCUGUUUAUGCUUUAUUAUACAAUAUAUAUGCAGGUUGCGAAAGAUGGGAGGAUUUGCGAGAAGUGAGAAGAAAGAUGAUAGACAUCACAGUUAAGAAGACACCAGGCUUCAGUUUAAUUGACGUAAACGGGUUUGCUCACGAAUUUGUUGCUGGAGACAAAUCACAUCUUCAAUCUGAAGAGAUUUUCGUGAAACUAGAAGAACUAACCCAAGAGUCGACAUUUGCAGCAUACUUGCCUGAUACUUCCGAAACAUUGUUCGAGUUUGGGUAAGAUAAUUUUUCGUAAAGAAUUUAGCUUUGGCUUUUGAGGUCAUUGCUUCUGAAGCCAGAGAGACAGUGUUCAAGAUUAUAUAGAACCCUGAGAUGUGAACAAAACUAUAGACUGUCAGAGUAGAAGUUGUUGCUCAUGCAGUGGAUAAGAGACAACACAUGGUUCAGUUCAAUUGUUCACAAAUGUACUCAACACAACCUUCGGUUAGAGCCUGGAUCUAGUAUGGGAAGCCUGGAUCUGAUAUUACUUGACUGUGUUCUUCCACUAAUAGAUUUAUCUGACUGUCGGGACAGCAAGGAACAAAGAACUGGAAGAACACAGUCAAGUAAGCACCGUGCAGACCAAUAAUUAAAAAGCUUCUGGAACUCAGAGCCAAACCUAUUCAAGGUUGCACUUGAAGAUCACUGUAUUUGCUUAUAGAUUCAGAACAUCCCCAACAUGCUUCAUAUGAUCCACACAGAGUUCUGUAGCUGAGUGGGGUCCGGUACUUGAACAAGAGUCAGAGGCAGAUUUUGGGCGAUACAGAAGAGACAUAUAGGGAAAUCUAAUAAAUCUUUAGUUCUGACUCGAUAUACUCUAAUCUUCACAUCUUUAUCUAACUGAGCAAUUCAUUGGACUCUAUCACCAUUUUGUUGGUUGUGGUGGAAAAAAUCAAAUAUGGAUGCUUUUAUAAGUACCAUAUGAAUAUGUAAGAUCAUGUAUAGCUUUACUGUCGAGUAUAGACGAUUCUAAGUAUUUUUGCUA